AUGGCUACCGCAACUGAAAGCGCACCGAGAAACCACCUAGCCGAGAAGCAAGAAGACUCAAUGGGUGGAAGAAACCUACCGAUCAUCACACCGACCAUCCAAAUGUCGGCUCCCCCGGGCGAUCCGAUGGACAUUACCCCCAGCAACAGCAAUAGCAGCAGCAAUAGCAAUAGCACCAACAACACCACCACCAUGGCAGCUCCAAGCAAUCCGGAUGUAGCCCCAAAGAGCCCGGCUGAGGACAACUUGGUAAACGCUCAGGCAGUCCCCAAUGGCCGACCGCAACUGUCAUCCGCAAACGACCAGCUAUCGCCCGACAACAUCAUCAUGCCGGCACCGGCUGCCGCUGCCCCCGCGGUUCACCAGCCCAAGAUUGUUCAGACAGCCUUCAUCCACAAGCUAUACAACAUGUUGGAGGACAAGUCGAUACAGCAUCUGAUAUCAUGGUCGCCCACCUCUGAGAGCUUUGUUAUGCAGCCUUCGCAAGAGUUCUCCAAGGUCUUGGCCCAAUACUUCAAACAUACCAACAUCUCAUCCUUUGUCCGGCAGCUCAACAUGUACGGAUUCCACAAAGUGAGCGAUGUCUUCCACCAUGGAGCUCCAGACGCCACUAUUUGGGAGUUCAAGCACGGCAACGGCAACUUCAAGCGCGGAGAUCUGGUUAGCUUGAGGGAGAUCAAACGUCGAGCUUCUCGGCAUUCUCUGGUACACAGAGAGUACAACAACAACCAAAAGGCCCCGCCAUCACAGCCAGGCACCCCGGCUGAGCCUAUGCCUCCCAUGCAGGAAAUUCAGGGAGGAGAUCCCCGGCUUAACAGUAUCGAGCAUACUCUGUACGAUCUCAGCACUCGACUUCAGCGGCACGAGGAGAACGCCCAGUUUAUGCAUAUCAAGCAUCAAGCCAUCAUGGAUACAGUAUCGCGCUUGCUCCAAUUCAAUCAUGAGCUUUCGCGGGCCGUACUUGCCCUCGCUCCUUCACCCGAAAACCCGAUACACCAUGAUGUAUCGGCUUUGCAAGGGCAGGUCCAGCGUCAGAUGGAGGUGUUCCGCUCACUAGAUGAGCCUCAUGAGUCGGUCUUCGCUAGUACCCGUCCCUACUUCUCAAAUGUGGAGAAUGCCCCCGUAUCACCGCGGCAAAUGCCCCAGGACGACUCGCGGAGAUCCGGUCCUACGUUGACGGUUCCCGGCCAACCACCUCGGCUAUCGAGCUACAACACUUAUCGUCCCGCCGUCCCUUCGAACCUAUCGAUAAGUACCCCGGGCCGUAGACCAUACGGCUCCACCAGCGGCAACUCGGCAGGAACAUCUCCAUCUUCCCUCCGCCCGCACCCGCCGCCUCCCCCUCCGCAUCCGCUGUCGAACGUUGACCUGCACCCGGGCUUGGCUAGGAGACAUACCUCUGCCGAUAUCCGUGCUCACGGUUGGCAGGCUAAUCAAGCUCCUCCUAACCCUCCUCCAACCUUUUCUGGACCCCCAUCCUCGCAAUGGCCCUCGUCGCCAAAUCGUCCUGGGUUGUCGGAAGAUCAACGCAUUAGGGAUUCGUUCUCGCAUUACUCUUUGCAGUCUGCUUCGCAGCCUCGUUCCAGGCCGGCGUCACCGCCACCCCCUCCUGUCUUCCCUACUAACGGAGGAGGGGAUACCUUUGGAAAUUGGUCGUGGAAUUCGGCUGGCCGUGAUAACAAGAACCUCUCGGUGAGGGACCACUCGGCACCACCUACCAGGAGAGGAAGCAUGGCCCAUAUCUUGAACCCAACCGAUACUGCGGAAAGAGACGACGAGGAUGAGGAUCCCCGAGGCGACGAAGACCGGAAGCGAAAGCGACUGGGGUGA